GAUACGAUUUCAUCAUCUUUUUCAGUCGAAAGCGCAUGCCGCGAAAUUGAACAGAUUUCAAUUUAAAGUCGAAUUGAGUACAGUGUGUUUCUGGUGCAAAUCGUGUUAAACCUAGUGAAGGUUAAGGUGGUGCUCUAAUUUCUCGAGUUAUUUUAAGCUUUCAAAACUAGUAAAUUAUGGGCAUUCCAGAAGGAAACGCUGAAAAAGGCAAAAAGGUUUUCGAAACCAAAUGCAGACAAUGCCAUAACAUCGAACCAGGUGCAAAAAACAAAGUUGGACCGAAUUUACACGGAUUGGUCGGACGUAAAACUGGUCAAGUCGCUGGAUUCGCGUAUUCCGAAGCGAAUAAAGCUAAAGGUAUCACCUGGAGUAAAGACACCCUUUUCGAAUACUUGGAAAAUCCAAAGAAAUAUAUUCCUGGCACAAAGAUGGUGUUCGCUGGAAUCAAGAGCGACAAAGAAAGAGCGAAUCUUAUUCAAUUUAUCAUCGAAUCGUGUAAAAAGUAAUCUUUAUGGGAAAUUUUUAAACAUAACCUUCAGUAUUGUACAAAAAAUAUGUUUCGUGUUUAAUAGUAAAAUUCCUCGUGUCCUGUAAGGACAAAUUCAUUUUGCGCUUUAUGACUUAUAAAAAUUACCGUACAUUAUUCUAUGUAGUAAUUUAUAAAAAUAUGAAAUCAUCCUGCUUGUUAAUUUAUUGUCUUACGAAUAAAUUGUGUUGUUAUCUGUCGGA